AUGUCUAAACAUUCUUCUAGUAGUAGUUCUCGUAAAGAGAAAAAAGUGGGACUUAUUUCAUCUAGUGAAAUUCGUGAUGAAGUUAAAAAAUUUAAGAAGCAUCAAAAAAAUCAUUUUGAUAAAUUAGAUGAUGAAAUCACAGGAAGAAAUGCUAAAACUAAAUUUAGGCAUUCACUUAGAGAUAAACCAGAAUCAAAAGAUGAUAUGGAGAGAGAGGUUCGUGAACUAGAAAAACAAUCAGAAUUAGAAGAUAAAUAUAAUAAAUGGAACAAGGGUGUUGCUCAGGUAGAAAGGAGAAAAGAAGAAAUAAAAGAAAUGUUAGAUGUUGCUAAUGAUGAAUUUGCUAGGUAUGCUGAUAAUGAAAAAAUGAAUGAAUAUUUAAAGAAUCAAUUAUUAGUUGAAGAUCCUAUGUAUGAAUUUAUGAAGGCAAAAUCAGAUAAAAUUAAAAAAAUUGAAGGAACAUAUUAUCCUUCAUACAAAGGAAGUUAUCCACAAAAUAGAUUUGGUAUUCCUCCUGGUUAUAGAUGGGAUGGUGUAGAUAGAUCAAAUGGAUUUGAAUCUAAACUUGCUUUUAAAUUUAAUGAAAAAGAAGCUGAUGAUAGCUUAAGAUAUCGUAUUAUGUCUGAAUUUGAACAAUAG